AUGGCUUUCCGCCAUGCGAACGGCAGCAAUGGCCCAUCCAUGGCCUCGGCGCCGGGAGUCAAGGCGCCCGAAUCUCCGACUGGUGCUAGCAAGGACCGGGACCCUGAUCGACGUAUUGCUCCCUGGGAUCUAACACAUCAUCGACUCCGUAUCCAUCUUGAUGGGCCCGCGUGGAGCACCGACCCUGUGAAUUGGACCCAGAAUCCUGAAGCAGCUAUUGGCGAGUCGCCAAUUUGCGGAAUCCGAGGAAGAAAGAAAGAGCUAUUUUCAGAAUGGCUUGGUAUUUUCUCCUAUUCGAAUUUGCCUAUUUUGCCUGCCUCAGAGUCAAAGAGGGAUUUCGAUCUUGGGUGGCUUUUACCCCUUAAAGGGAUGUGCCGUAAACGGUGGCGGACGGUGGCAGGUGGUUCACGCCAGCUCGUGGAUAUACGGGGCCUUGACUCCUUUGGCAGCCUCAUGCCUCAGUGGUUCCUGGUAGACGGAAACCCCGCCAGUCUGGCAAGUGGCUUGAAUUUUCCGUGGCAUGUGGCUAUGGAUCCGGGCGAGAUGGGAUGGAUGCCCCGGGGCCGGAAGCGUGGCAGAUUCAGGCCCCCAGGCGCCUCGAGUCAGGCCAGGGCCACUCCAUCCGCGGAAGCGCCUUGGAGACGAUCCGCCGGGAACUACGGUAAUAGACUUUUCCUCCCUGCCGAGAGCAAGGCGCCGCCGAGGCCGCAACGUCGGAUUGAUGCCAUGCUGGGAAUGACUUGCUUGCCUGACCGAAACCUUCCUGGAGGUGCUGCGGGUUCCUGGUGGGUGGGGAAUUUGUGA